GAGAGAGAGAGACAGAGAGAAAGGUCUUCCUUUGCCGCUGAUCCGAUGGCAGGAGCCAGGAGCCAGGUGCUUUCCUGGUCUCCCAUGGGGUGCAGGGCCCAAGCACCUGGGCCAUCCUCCACUGCACUCCCUGGCCACAGCAGAGGGCUGGCCUGGAAGAGGGGCAACCGGGACAGAAUCCGGCGCCCCGACCGGGACUAGAACCCGGUGUGCCGGCGCCGCUAGGCGGAGGAUUAGCCUAGUGAGCCAUGGCGCUGGCCUUGUGUUUUGUUUUAAGGGUUGCCGGUGUCAGGUGCAGCUCAAGGAGCGUCCACCACUCCCUUUUCCAUGUCUGCCAGGGCUUGCCCUGAAAUUGGAGGACCGGGGACAGGUCCAUGCCUUCAGCCUUUGUCAGGGUCAGAGAAAUGGGGAUGCACCCUGUGGCCAACACCCUGGGCCUGGCAUCCUUCGCCAGCUGAUAGUAUGAGAGCACUUUGAGGUAUUCCUGGAGAAAUGGAAUUAAAAGACAAGGUGUUUUCGGGUGCAAAAAAAAAAAUUUGAAACCCACAUAUGUGGAGUCUCAGAAAAGCUCAUGAAAAUGUGAAUUAUGGGACAAAAAAAAACACCUGUUGGGCGUCCAAAAUAGUUAGCACCAAAAACUCAGCUCAUCUUUUAGUUCCAUUCUUCUGUGAAGUUUCCACUGUGCCCUUGAACUCACAAGCAGCUUCUUGGGCCAAAACCUCAGGAAAGGGUGUGAGUCAAGCAGGGGUGUGGUGCCAUGGGCCCUGCCCUGGAUCCCCAAGACUGAGUGGAGACACCAUGGCAUGAGAGGCCAAGAGUCCCCAUAGCACUUAGGCUGUGGGAGUGAAUUCCUUCCCCCACCUGGCCUUCUCUUGGCCGCUGGGAUCUCAUUCAUUAGCGCCCCAGGGCCAUGCCUUCCAGCUCCCUGCCCGGCUACCACCCUGUGAUUUGAGUUGAGGGUUGGGAGGAGGGGGGUAUACAAUGUGCCCCUGCUGGCUUGGUUUCCACCCCCCCACACCACCACCAGCAGGAGCCGCUGCUCUUGAAAGACAAGGUAGCACCACCAGCAAACCUGCUGUGGUCGUUUGGAGUUUGUUGGAGUUCAGGGAUGUCCCAAGUCCCUCUUUCCCUCCCCACCCCCAGAGAAGUGGUAAGCACAUGGCCAGGGGGACAGGGCUGCAGAGGAGUGAGUGCCAGACAGACACAGGCACCAGCCACAGCCUGGGAGGCGUCUACCAGGGGCAGGCGUGGACACGUGAUGUUUAUGUAGCAAGCUGGCAGUGAGAUCAGGGGAUCCUGGCCACUGGGGGUUGAAAGGCAGGCAGAGGCCUCCAGGAGGGUGGAAGUCGGGGGGGGGGGUAGGGGAGAGGGACCUCCCUGCAUCCUGCCCCACACCAAGGGGCAGGAGCAUGAGUCAGGCUGAGCUGGGGAUAUUUGGACACCACCUGGAGUGGAUCUCCAUGAAGUUGUUAGGGUCCAGUGGUCCCAACGUGCAGGCGAGCUGGGGCCUCUGCCCAGAGCCCCUGUGACAGGGCUUCUACGGAGGCUUUGGUGGGGACCGUGGUCCACAAGGAGGCUGAGGGAUCAACCAUGAGCGGCUGCUAUGAAGCUGCUGGCAGGUGCAUGGGCAGCAGGACAAAGCCUCUGUCUUGGUGAGUGGUGGGCUGCAGUGUCCUCGCUCCAUUCCUCACCUUGAGGGCUGUCUGUGGAGCAGCUAGCAGGAUAGGUGUCUGGCUUCAGCAGAGUGAGCCAGCAGGAAGCACAAAGAGAGGCAGUCAGUCUCCUGCAUCCCCCCGGCACGGAGGCACCACCUGAUGCCACUUUUGUGUCCCAUUACAUAGAGGCAGUUGGCCACAGAGGCACGAAGCACCCAGGCUGUGAUCUGAAGCUGGCAGAGAAGCCCUGGUGUGCCUCCAGCUUGUCCAGGCCCAGAGGAGCUCCCCCCAUCCUCACCCCCACCCAAGAGAGAUGGGAGGGAAGUGGAAGAGGAGAGGUGCUGUGUGAGGGUGGAGAACUGGUGGCUCACUCAGAUGGCCCGAGUGGACACCCUGGCCCUGGCCCUGAUUGGAUUAGAGGACACGGCAGGGGGGGUGGAUUAGAGGACACGGCAGGGGGGGUGUGGGGACAUGGAGGUGACAUCUGUUGGGCACAGGCGCUGGUGGAGAGGUAGAAAGGUUGUGAGCAUCCUCCAUGCUGUAUGUAUGCUGUCGGCUUACAAUGUUUUACGGGAAACGCGCACUACCCAAGCAGGUUUACCAGGAGGCGCUGUGCCCAUGGCUCUGAUAGCCUCUGGAGAAGCCCAGGCAAAAACAAGAGUGUUAGAUUACAAACAAGUACAGGUGGACCUGUUCCUACCAUCGCUCGGGUUCUUGGUGCAAGAAGACUGAUUGUAGUCAGUCAGACAGACAGCUCAGAACCAGGAGCUGCUCUCAAGGGAAUGGAAGGGCUGGGCGUCUCACUCCCCCCACCCUCUGCCAUCUGCUCCUGGGGCUGUUAAUGGCCAUCUAGUGCAGUAAUCCAUACCAACCAUCCGCUCCCAUGCAUGGUGGCUGUCAGGAAAAAACAGAGACAUGGAAAGUGUGGUGCGCACACUUGGGCAGCCAGCGUCUCCACUGCAGGAGGUUCUGCCAUAGCGCCUCAGGUCUGCAGAGGGCUCAGGACAGGCUGCCACUGACCCCUUCCUCCUCCCCCCACCACCAGCCUAGUAGGGGAAGUCACCCUGGAUCACAGGGCACAAACCUGGUCCUGUCCCAGGCAGGUGGAACAUACAGGCCCUCUUGCCUGCUUGUUGGUGGGAGUGGGUGUGGUGACCCCUCUCCCCCUCCUCCACUCCCUCCCAUUCUGCUGCUUCCAGUGACCAAGAAGAUGAGCACAUCUGACUUCAUGGUGCAACACCGCUCUGACCAAGCUGCAGACACAGCAGGCAGCCGGGAUCUGACUCUGUGCAUGGAGGAGGGACUCAAACAGUAGGACAAAGGUGACCACUGGAGGCACUCGUUUUCUAGUGUGUUGUAACCCCUGGGAUGGGCUCUUCUAUCCGGGUGAGUUGUAACCCCUGGGAUGGGCUCUUCUAUCCGGGUGAGUUGUAACCCCUGGGAUGGGCUCUCCUGCCUGAUUCAAAGACUUUGGAAAGCAGUCCAUCUAGGAGAGGUCAUUCUCAAACAGUUGGAUGACAGAAAGCAACACAAAACAAACAAAAAACCUUUGAAUAGUUUUGUGCAUGAACUAUCUAUCUGUUUGUUUUGUAAAAGUAUAAUUAUGCUAUGCACAUUUUUAGGAAUUGUUUUUUUAAAAAGAUUUAGUUAUUUAUUUGAAAGAGCUACACAGAGAGAGAAGGAGAGGCACAGAGAGGCCUUCCAUCUUAUGGUUCAUUCCCAAAUUGCCCGCAAUGGUCAGAGCUGAGCUGAUCCAAAGCCAGGAGCCAGGAGCCAGGAGCUUCUUUCAGGUCUCCCACAAGGAUGCAGAGGCCCAAGGAUUUAGGCCAUCUUCUACUGCUUUCCCAGGCCACAGCAGAGAGCUCGAUUGGAAGUGGAGCAACAGGGACUUGAACCAGAGCCAAUAUGGGAUGCCAAAACUGCAGACUGUGGAUUUACCCAAUAUGCCACACUGCCGGCCCCAGGAAUUUUAUUUAUUAGAGAGGCAGGCAGCUUCCAGCUGCUGGUUCACUCCUCAAAUGCCCACAACAAACCUGGGCCUCCGCCAGUCCGCAGCCUGGAGCCAGAAACCCAAUCUGAGUCUCCCUUGUGAGCGGCAGGGACUUGAGCCACCUGUGCGCUCCUGCCUCCCAGGGCUGUGCAGGAAACAGAGUGGGAACCCAAACCCCCAGGCACUCCAGCACGGGCAGGGCUGUGGGCUUGUACUGCAUGUCUCUCUGGCUUGACACACACACUGGGAAUUAUGUCCUCAGCUCUGUGUGGUGUGGGAGGCUCUGUGGGAAGGGAUGCAGAGGAAUUGGGCCAAUGGGUGUUCCCUCCUCCCUUCCAACCCCCAGCAGGGUCACACCUAGGGAGCUGCCCACCAGUUGGAGCUCCACUUUGACCAUCGGCUCAGAGAACUCCUUGUGCUCCAAGGUAGAUCCUCUCCCACCUGAUCAAUGUGCUUGCAUCAGCCUUCACCUUACAAUGUGAUUGGAGCAGAGCAAACUGCAGGACCAUAGUGGAGGGAAGAAUGAGGGGGAUUCAUCCCCUCUGUUCUCCAGGAGGAAAAUCCCUGUAGCAGACAUGUAAUGGAGAGAAGGAGUCACUGAUUGGCUGAUGAACAAUGACAUCAUUAUCUCCAGGGGCUGAACUCCAUUUCCAUGGAUGACAGCCCUCCAAUCUUGGGACUCAAAUGUGUGCAGAGAGACUGGCCUACAUGAGGUCCAGUCAGCAGGUGACCGCUUCCUGCUUCUGCCACACAACCCCAAGCCCUGUUCUGGUGGCAUCUGGAAGUGGCCCAAUGGCAGAGUCGAACCUGAGGAGCUGGGUCAGGAGAAGAUUCUGGCUUCUUCCAACAUCUUCUUUUAAGAAGUGAUUAGCCCAGAUGAAGUCUGGUCAUGAAGUCCUCUCUUCCUGGGUCUGCCAAUGACAGCAGGGAUUUGGAUGCAAAGUGGAUCCAGAUACACAUGGGCAGGUGAGUCAGUGUUGGAAUGGGUGGAAGAAGAAUCCUAAACAUUGAGUUUUGGAUUCAAACAUGGUAUGGCACAAACUAGGACUUUAAGCUACAGAGCAGAGAAUGGCUUUUGAAAAGUGAUAUGUGUGUGCUCAUGUAAAUGUUGGGUAGGUAUCCUCAAACAGAAAGAAAAAGAGUAAGAACCUUCUAGGCCAUGGAACAUUAGCUAACAGAAGGAACGAUGAAAUAGGAAAUUGCAGAAAUGUCCAAACAACUAGCUUGUUCCACACUGUCUGUUUCUGAUGUUAACAAACCUGAAACACACUGGCCCUGAAUCAAAGGAUGAAUGUAGUCCAUAUGAGAAUGGGGACAGCAUUUUACACUGCAUGUAAGACACCAUUUGGGAUGCCUGCAUUCCUUAGCAGUAUGCCUAAACAUUUGUGAAGUGUGCAGUCGGGCAGAGUGCAGGCUUUAGUGUUUAACUGUUGACAAAGACCAGGGCUGGUUACACCCCCAUGCAAGGCCUUUGUUCAUUCCUUUCUCUUAUUUAAGGUAUGUGUAGAGGUCCAUGUCACAGAAACAGAAAAUAGAAUGCGGAUUGCCAGGGACUAGAGGGGAGGGGAAAUGAAGAGUAGGUUAAUGCUUGAUAAAAUGUUCUGGAGACUGCAUAUAAUAGGAGUCUAAACAGUCCUACAAAUGACUACAAUGUAUAAUUUCAAAUUGUGUUCUAUCCCCCAAUUAAAAAAUAAAUAAUAGCUAAACUGCAAUAGCAUCAUCUUAGAUUAGGGUUUAUUUUAUGUUACUACUUUGGCCACAAUGGGCUGAAUUAUUUCGCACAUAAGAAACAUUGUGUGUGUGUGUGUGUGAAAAAGAGAUUCUGUGCUUCAGAUAGUGUUGGAGAGACUAUUGACUCCUUAUAAAAUGUUUUUAAUAGACAAUUUGCCCAGGUGAAAUACAGAAAUUAGGGUUAGCCUGCCAUGUACAAGAUGGCCAGCCCUUGCUAGCAGUAUCCAGAUGAAUGUAGUACCCUCAUUGGACAGAGAAGAGCUGAUCAAGAACACUUGAAUGCUAGACCAGAUUUCCUGAGACCAGCCACUGGACAUCUUCCUAAAGAAGCAAUGGAACAAAUCCUUCCAGUAAACUGGCCAAGUUCACCACCUUUUUCUGCCCUGAAAAUCUUUCAUGUGCAGUGAGAGAGUACUUCAAAGUCAUGGAAAAUUGUAUCUGAAAGGGCCUUGUAUUUGGGGAAAGUUAAUCCUAUUGUGACUCCUUGGUGUGGCUGUUUUAGCAGGACAUGGAGCUGACACAACGGAGGAGGGAGCUCUGUGAGCCCGUCUAGUGACACCUCAUGGAACCGAGAAAUGAAACCCAAGUUUCAGAAUUCCUCCUCCUGGGUUUCUCAGAGGACCCAGCACUGCAGCCCCUCAUUUUUGGGCUCUUCCUCUCCAUGUACCUGGUCACUGUGGCUGGGAACCUGCUCAUUGUCCUGGCCAUCCUCUCAGACCCCCACCUCCACACACCCAUGUACUUCUUCCUCUCCAACCUGUCAUUGAUGGACAUCUGCUUCACCUCCACCACCGUCCCCAAGAUGCUGGUGAACAUCCAGACACAGAGCAAAGCCAUCAGCUAUGCAGGCUGCAUCACCCAGAUGUUCUUCUUCAUACUCUUUGCAGGGCUGGAUGACCUUCUGCUUGCCGUGAUGGCCUAUGACAGGUUUGUGGCCAUCUGUCACCCCCUGCACUACACGGUCAUCAUGAACUCCCGGCUCUGUGUGCAGCUGGUCCUGGUGUCCUGGGUCAUCAAUGCCCUAACUGCGCUGUCACACAGCCUACUGGUGCUGCGGCUGUCCUUCUGUGAAAACCUGGAAAUCCCCCAGUUUUUCUGUGAACUGAGUCAGGUGAUCCACAGUGCCUGUUCUGACACUUUCCUUAAUGACAUGUUGACAUUUUGUACUGCAGUGCUGCUGGGUGGGGGUCCCCUGGUUGGCAUCCUGUACUCUUACUCUAAGAUCAUUUCUUCCAUCUGUGCAAUCUCCUCAGCUCAGGGGAAGUAUAAGGCGUUCUCCACCUGUGCCUCUCACCUCUCCGUUGUCUCCUUAUUUUAUGGCACAAGCAUAGGUGUGUACCUCAGUGCUCGUUCUGCCCCCAGCUCAGUCUCCACUGCCAUGGCCACAGUAAUGUACACUGUGGUCACCCCCAUGCUGAACCCCUUCAUCUACAGUCUGAGGAACACAGACAUGAAGAGGGCUCUGGAGAGACUCCUGGUCCAUGAGCUGUAGAGGAACCCAUGGCAUUGGGACUGAAGGAGAAUCUAGGACUGCAGGUUUCCAAGCCUCAGAGCCAGACAAUGGAAUAUUUUAUCAGAUUAGAGGAACAGAACUUGCAUAGUCUGUCCACUGUGGUUUUUUAUUACAACUUUUGUGACCAUGUUCAAUGAUUUACUUGUUGUACAGAGUUAUCUCUAGUAUCUCAAUGUAUUUUCUUUUCAAUUUUCCUUUCCCCAAUUUUUUUUUUUACCAAUGUUGUUCCUGAAAUACAAGGGUGCUUCAAAAAUUUUAUGGAAAAAUCAUAGUGAAAGAGUAGUUAAUUUAUGUAUUAAACAACUUUGUGUUACACUGUGUUUUUCUUUUCACAAUGCACCUGCUCCUUAUGCAAUUAAGUAUAAAACAAUUUAAAUAGCCACAUAUCUCGUGGUGCAAAAUGUGUAUUGCUUAGGAGUAAUUUCUUGUAAAAUCACACAUACCAUGCCCAUGAAAUAUCUCUUUUUUAAGUUAGUAGUUUAUUUUUGAUAUAAAGUAUUUUAAAUUAACAUUACAGUGAAAAGCUUAAAGGCCCUAUUCCAGUCCUUUGGGCACCUACACUUGGUAUCUGAAGCCAUUUCUGCAAUUUCAGAAUGGAACAAAUCAUUCGGCCGUAGUUUGCUCUUCUUUGUCCCCCCUCCCUUCCUGCAUCCAACCUACAGAAUUCCUGCAAACACCACAGACUCCAGCAUCAGCGAGCUGUGUGGGUGGGUACUGGGUUCCUUCCCUCCCACAAUCCUGCUCCUGGAACCAGCUUGGGAACCACAGUGCCAGACUGGGUCACUGACACAACCUGAGUCACUUUUGCUCCAGGGUAGCUCAUCACACUCACACCCCCUCAGUACAGGCACCAAGGAAAGAGAAGUUUGGAAAUGUAGAUUGGGUAUGGGCAAGUCAUAAAUGACCUUCAAUAAAGGCAGCCAGGUCUUUAAUCAUAAGUAGCAUUGUGAUGUCAUUGUAUUCCACUGUCAUAUGUACAUGGACGCUGUGGAGAAAGGGUGUUCUUAUCUAGAUGAAGGAUCCAAACCUGUGUCUUUUUUCCCAUAGCACCUAUCACCAUCUGACUUGGGUGAUUUUUAACUUUAUUUCCUUAUAUUCUUACUCCACUUCUAGACUGUAGGGUUAAACAUUGUGUUUUAUCACCUGAUGGUAAUAAAAAGAUGGGUAAACCUUUCUUUGUCACGGGAUAUCUGGAUAUUUAUACCAUCAAUCAUGGGCCAUAAAAAUUAUCAGUUUAAAAAUUACCCUUCUAGGUACAGCUAAAAACUUGCCAUGGUAAUCUGAAUCCCAUUAAACUGGAUGGUUAUAAUGCCAUCUUAAGUGUUAACAUGAUCACCUUAAGUGUUAAAUUGAUCAAAUAGAUAGGAUUAAGUGUUAAAUGGAUCAUACAAAUAAGAUCAAGUGUAUGGUAAUAAUAAUAAAUAUAAUUAAAAAAGAAUGUUGCAACAUGGGAUGCAGUCCAUACAGCAGACUCAAAGAAUGACAAUCACCUUAAGUAGCACCCUAACCUCAGUUCGGCCCCUAAAUCAUUUGGAUCUGGCUAUAAAGCCCAUGAGAGCAUUUCAGGCAUGGAAAGCCAAGACACUGCUCCAAAAAAUAUGUUUUUCUUGAAGAAUCUCUGUGAAUGAGACCCCAGUGGAAAGAAGGGGUCAUCAAAGAAGGGUGUGCUUUUCUCUGAAGGGAGGAGAGAACUUCCCCUUUGAUUAUGGCCCUGUCUGAAAACUGACAGAGCUUGUGGACUCAAAAGGCUUCCAUUGCUUUGGCAGCUCAUGUCAAGAGCCUUGGGUGAUCACUGACAUCAUACAUAAGAGCGUUAAUUGUUAAAUCAACAACAGGUGUCACUGUGCAAUUACUCUCCAUGUAGGACCUCUGUCCUCAAUGAGCUGUACUAUGAGAAUUAAUGCAAAACUUGCUCUCAGUUUUUGUAUUUUGUGUGUGUGUGCAAAUUGUUGAAAUCUUUACUUAGUAUCAAGUUGGUCUUCUGUGUACAAAUUUAAUUGAAAAUAAAUCUUAAUGGAGAAUGGCACUGGGAAUGGGAGACAUAGGAGGAGGUGGAGUGGGAGUGGUCAUGGGAGGGUAGGUAUGGUGGAAAGAAACUCUAUAUUACUAAAGUUGGUCUCAUGAAAUUUGUACUCAUUAAAUAAAAGGUUUCUUUGGGGGGAAAAUGACCCUUCUAUAGACUUACUGGGUUUUGAGUCUCAUCUGUGUUUGCAUUUCCCACUCCUGCAUUGCUGAUCAUCUAAACUGUGUGGACCCUGGGCGGAAGGUAAUUACUCAUGCUCAUAUUAUGAAGGAAUUUCUCAUUAACAACAUGGAAUAAAGGGUGUCUUAGGAAGGAUUGAGAUAGGGCAGGAAUUUUCUGGUCAGUGAUGGCACUGGCAGUAUCCUAAACAAGAAGAUAUCCAUCCACAAAUAUGGAGCUCAAAUCAUGAUGGGAGACUGUGAGUUUAGGUUUUCCACUGAGUUGACUAUGACUGUUUGUGUGACUAUUCCCAGGAUCAUUUUUACUUUGUCCUGGUAGUGACACUUCAUAGAAUCAAGAAAUGAAACUCAACCUUCAUAGUUUUUUAUUCUGGGAUUCUCAGACACCAGCACUGAAACCCCUCAUAAGUGGGCUCUUCCUCUCCAUGUACCUGGUCACUGUGGCUGGGAACCUACUCAUUGUCCUGGCCAUCCUCUCAGACCCCCACCUCCACACGCCCAUGUACUUCUUCCUCUCCAACCUGUCCUUGCUGGAUUUCUACUUCACCUCCACCACCAUCCCCAAGGUUUUUAUUUAAUGAAUACAAAUAUCAUAUGUAAAGCUUUUAGGGAUAUAGUGUUUCUUCCCCCCAUAUGUGCCCUCCAAUUCCUACUCCCAUCUCACGUACUACUCUCUCUCCCAUCCCAUUCUUCAUUAAUAUUUUUAGUUAACUUUAUAUACAGAACACCAACUCUAUGCUAAGUAAAGAUUUCAACAGUUUGCACCCACAAAGACACACAAACUAUAAAGUACUGUGUGAAAAUCAGUUUUACCAUUAAUUCUCAUAGUACAACUCAUUGAGGACAGAGGUCCUACAUGGAGAGUAGUCAGUUUUCAGACAGGGCCAUAAUCAAAGUGGAAGUUCUCUCCUCCCUUCAGAGAAAAGUACAUCCUCCUUUGAUGGUCCCUUCUUUCCAUUGGGGUCUCAUUCACAGAGAUCCUUCAUGUAGAUCUAUUUUUGCCACAGUGUCUUGACUUUCCACACCUGAAAUGCUCUGAUGUUUUUCUUAGCUAGAUCCAAAUGCCUUAGGGGCUGAUUCUGAAGUCAGAGUGCUGUUUAGCUCAUUUGUCAUUCUAUGAGUCUUCUGUGUGGACUGCUUCCCAUGUUGGAAUUUUUUCUCCUUUUUAAUUCUAUCUAUUGUUAUUACCAGACAUUGGUUUUAGUUAUGUGAUCCCUCUGACUAUCCUAUAUGAUCAAUUAAACACUUAAUAUGAUCAUUUUAACAUGUAAGAUGGAAUUAGUACCACCCAGCUUAAUGGGAAUUGGAGUACAAUGGCAGGUUUUUAGCUGUACCUUUAGGGGUAAGCCUGUGGAAAUGCUUGCCAAACUGUUGUUGUCAUAUGUGACAUCUCAAAUGAGAGUGGAAAUAUCAGUCGCAGCUGUUCCACAUCUGAAUCACUUCCCUGCUAAGGCACCUGAGAAGGCAGCAGGUGAUGGCUCAAGUGCUUGGGCCCCUGCCACCAAUGUGGAGACCCAGAUGGAGUUCCAAGCUCCUGGCUUUAACUUGUCCAACCAAAGCUAUUGCAGCCUUUUGGGGGA